ACACAUACAGUGGCGGAGUGGAGCGAGUGAGAAACGACUGUUGGGCUGUCCCGUGUAGAGAUCCCGCCAUGCGUGAAUACAAGCUAGUGGUGCUAGGCUCGGGAGGCGUGGGCAAGUCCGCUCUGACAGUGCAGUUUGUACAGGGAAUCUUUGUGGAAAAAUACGACCCAACAAUAGAAGACUCCUAUAGAAAGCAAGUGGAGGUAGAUGGACAGCAGUGCAUGCUGGAAAUCCUUGACACAGCCGGCACAGAGCAGUUCACCGCCAUGCGAGAUCUGUACAUGAAGAACGGUCAGGGCUUUGCCCUCGUAUAUUCCAUCACUGCCCAGUCCACGUUCAAUGACCUUCAGGACCUGAGGGAACAGAUCUUGCGAGUAAAGGACACAGAAGAUGUGCCCAUGAUCCUGGUGGGGAAUAAGUGUGAUCUGGAGGAUGAGCGGGUUGUGGGGAAAGAGCAGGGUCAGAACCUGGCCAGGCAGUGGAACCACUGUGCCUUUUUAGAGUCAUCUGCAAAGUCAAAGAUCAAUGUCCUCGAUAUCUUCUACGACUUGGUCAGACAGAUCAAUAGAAAAACACCUGUGGAAAAGAAGCAGAAAAAGAAAUCAACCUGUGUCCUGCUUUAAAAGUCCCCCCACCCCCGCAGCAGCUCUGAGCCAGAAUGCUGUAAUGAAGAACUGUUGCCCAGAUUGGACCGUGCCAGCAUUCCUACAGCCCCGACCCUCCCAUCGGCCAUAAACGGUGAUGACAAAACAGCUGACCCUUGAUUCGCUAGUGUCAAGAUAUCAAGGCAGGACACGAUGAGAGAGACUUGUGUCAAUCUCACCAAGACUCUUCUCUGAUCCCACAUCAGUGAACCUUGAAGGACAGUCUUCAUUCCCCACAUCCUGAACCACCUUGAACUCUCUGAACGUCUCGUAAAAAUACAAACGUGUCCGCGGUCUGGCUGACCGAGAAGGAGGGGGAAAUCAAAAGAAAAACAACCAUCAGUAUUUUACAUCUUUGAAAUAUAGUGUGUUCGAGGACAUGGAGGUUGACUUUAGUUGUAUGAUUAUAAAUGUCUUCAGAAAGCAUGACCGCAUCAGUUAUUAAGUCUAGAUGUUUUCAAGUGUGAAGUCAAGUGGAAGUAAGAUUUGUUUAUAGCCAUACAUCUAUUUCUCCAUACCAGUCAUGUCAACAAUGGUGGUAGAUAAAGGUCCAUUGUGUAUUUUUUUGUUCCCCCUACGUCCAUGGACUUUGUCUUCUGCAAAUAGCUCUCUGAUGUGACUUAAUUUUAUACUCAGUCACUGGGAUUUCAUAGUUCCCCUAAUAUAUUUGAAUGCCAUUUUUUUUGUGCAUAACCAAUGCUUCAGAAAAAAGGGUCUUUUAUAGAAAUAUGGGGGAAGAUACCGAUUGAUUUCUAUGUCUCUUGAAGCUGAAAUAUAUUAUACUAAACCAACUCUGAUAAGGCUUCUUGUGUUUUUCUGUCAAAUGAUGUUCCAGCGUUUAUGGAUUAUUAAAUUUUAGUACAUUUUC